UAUGAUUAUUUUAUAUCCUAUUUUCUUCCCCCCACAGAGGAUUAUGCCCAGCUGUGCAACAUCCCCGUUCCAGGAUCUCGACGGCCAUAUGGACAAGAUGCUCUGGUUGACUUUGAGGAGCACUACACUCCAGAAACUAAUCCAUACUUUGUCGAAGACCGUUUUCUGAAUAGCUUUGAGGAGUUACAAGCAGAGGAAUGUGGUAUUCUGAACGGAUGUGAGAACGGCCGCUGCGUGAGAGUCCAAGAGGGCUACACCUGUGACUGCUUUGAUGGUUAUCACCUGGACAUGGCAAAAAUGACUUGUGUUGAUGUGAACGAGUGCAGUGAACUGAACAACAGGAUGUCUCUCUGCAAGAACGCCAAAUGCAUUAACACGGAGGGUUCCUACAAGUGUUUGUGUCUGCCAGGCUACGUACCCUCAGAUAAGCCAAACUACUGCACACCACUGAACUCAGAACUAGACAGUGAACUGGAGUAGAGGAAAAUCUCCAUAUUCUAAGCCCAUAUACUCUGCACUGUAUAAAGAAAAGGAAGGAAAGUAUUUAACUUGAGAAGAGAAGGCACCGGAUUAGUGAACAUAUGGGAAAAAAGCAUUAAAAUGUGUCAAAGGUGAGAAAUGAUGGGCUGAUUAUAUGUCAGCUUCACUGAAGUGACAGACCAAAUGGACACAUUUCUCUGUAUGAAAGAAACAAUAAAGUAUAUAGUGUGUUCAUAAGAAAAAAAAAUCAUUAUGCAAAAACAGUGCUGUUAUUUUAAACAGAAGAGCUUUGGUAUUUUGUUUUUUGUUUUUGUUUUUACUAUUGCUUGGUUAAUUUGGCAUUUAAAUAGUGAUGGAAAUAUUUUAUAUUACUAUGUCAUUUUUUUGAUUGUUCAGUUCCUUGCCUACUGUUUCUUUUCAGAUCUUUUUUUCUGAUCAGUACAAAAUCUUUGAUACAGAUAUUCUUAGGCCAUUUUGUAAGAACUGUUACACAGGGUAAUGCUCCUGCUUCUCUGGAACAUUGGUCAGUGACUUUUUUGAAUUUGCUACUUGUCUGCCCUGUGGAGCAGGCACCAUUUGUUUUCAAAUGUUUAUGUACCUUGGCGAAAAGUCCUUAUAUUCAUUCUGUAUUCUGUAUGGUUGUUACUGCACUUAAAAAGUUUUUAGAACCUUUCUUGCCAAGUUCAAAGCUGCUAGUGGACAACAUUGGAUUCUUUUUGUACAUUAAAGCAAAAGAUUUGAGCUCACGUCUGUAUUGUAAUGUGUAAAUUGAACACAAGAGAGAUCUUGUAUGAUUACCCUAACAUAUUAAAGCUGUAUAUUAAACCUCAAUAAAAUCACCCUUUUUUAGAAAAUAGCUA